AUGCCUGGAGCUGGAAAGCAAAUGACAAGAUCCAAAUCCCCGGUGCUUCUCUUACUUCUCGCUCUCCUCGCCCUCUCCCUCGUCUUCUUCCUCUUCUCCUUUCAUAGCCCCUCCCCCUCCGACGACACCACCACUCUUCUUCACCCAAACCACCAACCCAUUUACAAGCCCGAAACCUCCUUCGUCGCCUCCCUCGACCGCUUCCUCCUCGCCCACAAAUCAUCCCGCCGCGAUGACACCGUCCUCCUUACAACGCUACCCCAGCACCAACCCAACCACCUCGACGAUCUAAUCUUCCAGACCCACACCCAGAGGUUGUACGCUGAUCCCUACUACCCGCUCAGCCUGCCCAUUAGGGUUUACGUCUACGACAUGCCCACCAAAUUCACCUACGAUCUCCUCUGGCUCUUCAGAAACUCUUACAGGCAGACCUCCAAUCUCACCUCUAAUGGCAGCCCCGUUCACCGCCUCAUCGAACAGCAUUCCGUUGAUUACUGGCUGUGGGCGGAUUUGAUUGCUCCAGAGUCGGAGAGGCUGUUGAAAAGCGUAGUGAGAGUGCAUAGGCAGGAGGAGGCUGACCUCUUCUACAUCCCAUUCUUCACCACCAUUAGCUUCUUCUUAUUGGAGAAACAGCAGUGCAAAGCACUUUACAGGGAAGCUCUCAAGUGGGUCACCGAUCAGCCUGCCUGGAACCGAUCCCAAGGAAGGGAUCACAUACUUCCUGUUCACCAUCCCUGGUCUUUUAAAUCUGUUCGGCGCUUCAUGAAGAAUGCAAUUUGGCUGCUUCCUGAUAUGGACUCCACCGGAAACUGGUACAAACCUGGACAAGUCUUUCUGGAGAAAGAUCUAAUUCUUCCUUACGUUCCCAAUGUUGAUUUUUGUGAUUCGAGAUGCAUAUCCGAGACUCAAUCCAAGAGAACCACACUGCUCUUUUUCCGUGGCCGGCUUAAAAGAAAUGCUGGAGGGAAAAUACGCUCAAAACUUGUAGCAGAACUAAGUGGUGCUGAGGGUGUAGCUAUAGAGGAGGGGACAGCAGGAGAGGGAGGAAAAGCAGCAGCUCAAGAAGGAAUGCGCAAGUCUGUCUUUUGCUUGAGUCCAGCUGGUGAUACUCCAUCCUCCGCUAGAUUGUUCGAUGCCAUUGUUAGUGGUUGCAUACCAGUCAUAGUUAGUGAUGAACUGGAACUUCCUUUUGAAGGAAUACUAGAUUAUAGAAAGAUAGCUUUAUUUGUUUCUUCCAGUGAUGCCGUACAACCUGGUUGGCUUUUAACAUUUCUUAGAAAUAUUCGCCCUGCUCAGAUUGAGGAAAUCCGUCAGAAUCUUGCCAAGUACUCAAGGCAUUUCCUAUACUCCAGUCCAGCUCAACCCUUGGGUCCAGAAGACUUGGUUUGGCGAAUGAUGGCUGGUAAGUUGGUGAAUAUCAAACUUCACACUCGAAGAUCUCAACGUGUGGUGAAAGAGUCGAGAAACAUCUGCAUGUGUGAAUGCAAACGUGCCAACUCUACAACCUCCUCAGGUCACUUGUAG